GAAAUCCCCAGGCUGCAACUGGGCAACCGUCCGAAUUACAUCUUUGUGCCGAACUCUGGGAACUACACUGCGAGAAAACCAGUGUGAACCAUGCUGUCUCUUGGCGCCGUGAAAGAUGGCGUCAUCCUACCCAGUGAGGAAGACCGGAAACGGAUUAUUACCCAAAUGAAAGUACGGACAACCCUGAAAGGAGACAAGAGUUGGAUCCAGCAGAAGUCUGAUCCUGAGGUGAAGCAGAACCACAGUCCUUUGGUAGCGUGUACAGCGCCAUCUUCCCAAGAAGAACCACAGUCUCCUUCAGCCCAGAAAAAUCUUCCUCCAAAGUCUCCUAGCACCACAUCAUCUUCUGGGUAUGCCAAGAACUUCAGCCAGACCGCCUUCUCCCAAGGGCACAAGAUGUCCACUGAGGAUUACAAAAAACUAGCUCCCUACAAUAUUAAGCGUGAACUCUCACACCCAGGAGAUGGAGAACCGUCUGUUUCUCCAGAGGAGCAAAAAAAGAGGACAGAAGCUGCAAGCAGUGUGCUCAGGCGAACGGCCGGCAGAGAACGCUCCUACGUCCUUUCAGCCGCCAAGAAAAGCAGCGGAAGUCCAACACAAGAGGGACCAGCCUUGGUGGCCAAGAGGGUUGACGUAGAAGAUGACAUUGGUCCACGAUCCAGAAGUCAGACCGUACCUGCCUCAGCAUGGUUUAGUAGUCGUGGGAAGAGCAGUACUAAUGGAGAAAGAAGAACCUCAGAAUCUCCCUGGAGUGAAUCAAGAUCAGCAAAUAUUUCUGUGAGAACCAGUGUUGACACAAACAGCUGCAGAAACGUGGCCUCAAAACCCUACCUUGGAACCUCAUUCAACUACUCCAAGUCUAUGGAGAGCAGUUACAGAUCAGAUCAGGAGAAGCAUGAAAUGAGUUCCGGACAUGAUUCUGCCCCCAGGAUCCCUACUUCUCCAAAGAGAAGUGAGAAGAAUGAAUUGCAGAGUCCCACGUUUUUUGACAAAUCUGGCCUGGAGCACGAACAGGGACUCUCCAAUGGAGAAGGAAAACAUAAGGACCUGACCUCAAGAGUUGCAGAAUUCUGCAAACAUCAGCCAAUCACAGAGAAGGAAAACACUGGGGCUUCCUCAGGCAUGGGAUACAGCAGAUCGACCGUCCUUGACAACAGUGAGGGUGUUGACUCAACAAGAAUCUACUCAGAGCAGGAGAAUCCAAGCAACACAGAAUAUAAAAAGGUGGAAGGUUACCUGGCUAAGUCUGAGCCACAGCCUGGGGAAAGUCGUCUGAGCACCACUGGAAUCCAGUGUGAACUCCUAAGUCCUGCCAAGAGGGAGGAAUCAGAUGUGGACACUACCAGGUACGGAUCCCUUGCCAGAGAGAGUACAGUUGUCUCUCCAGAGAACCAAUACAGACAGCAGGGGUCAGAUGAAGGUUCAGCUGGUAUGUCUUACUACCCCUUCAGAGACCCUGGGACUAGCUUUCCAAAAAGCCAUAGAGUGCCCUUCUAUAAGGACAUCUGUGACACAGAGAAUGGAAGGAAUUUGAUGGAUUCGGAGGUAAAGGAUGCCACUGCUUCCUCCCAGCUGAAGACCUCUUCUAGUUAUGAUUCAGAUUCUUCCACAUCAGGCAAAGGUCUCCUCUUUGUGAAAGAAUCCAUCAAAAGCAUGGAAUUGUCCUCCUCACCACGUUACAACAGUCGCAGCUUGGUUGACUUGUCUGAGCUCGAGAAACCAAGCUACAGCAGUGCUAGCUAUCUGAAUAACACACCUCCAAAAAGGCCUUUGGAAGAUGUUUGUACUUAUUGUGGCCGAGUAAUCCGCAACUGUGCCAAGAUAUCUGUGGAGAACCUCAACAUCUGCUGCCAUGAAUACUGCUUCAGAUGUGGAAUUUGCCACAAGCCAAUGGGAGAUCUCUUGGAGAAAAUCUUCAUUCAUCGGGAUAUUGUCCACUGUGAUAAGUGCUAUGAGAAGCUCUUUUAGAUUUCACGGAAUGGAACAGCCUGCCCCAAGAGAAGCCUGCCUUUCUCUCUGUGCCUGGGUUCUUCUAAGUACCCUUUGAUCCAGCAAGCACCCUCUUUCCUCUGCUCUCAAGCCAUUCCUCCUUCCUCCUCUUCCGUCAGGCCAGGCGAUUCACAUUCAGCAAUGAUGGAGUUCGGUCACGGGCAGACUGUGGACAGAAUGGUCUCCCUGGGGAUGCUGCAUCCGUGAUCACGCGCGUUGCUGCCGGGGUUUCAUCUUGCUGCAUCUGGGGGCUCCUCUGGCUCAGCGGCUGUAAAACGGUCUUGGUUGCUUGUCCCAAAGUCCUUUCUUCCAGGGUGGCGCCCUGGAUAAUCCAUUCAUUCAAUCUGGCCAGCAAGUGAUAAAAGCAGGCUUUAGCAGGAAUGAAAGCAAGCAGCAUUACCUGUAAAAAAAAAAGGGGGGGGUCGACUUAUCUUUACCAGGGACAUUUCUUAUUCCAGGCAUUUAUCCCUGGGGAAGGAGGUCGUGAGCCACACUUAGGAAAGUUCAAUUCCAAAACACGGGCCUUGAAUGCCAAGGGUUCUAAAUGGGUGUGCAAAACGUUUUGAUUGAAACCACCUCCAGCUCGAAACGCCUCUUUUCAACCAUUUCAGGAGAGUUUGGCGCUUGAAACUCUCCAGAAUUACUUGAAGAGUUAAGAAUCUCAAUGUUUUGCACACCCCUGCUUCUGCGUUUGCCUUCUGGCAUCCCUGGGUUUGAUUUGAUUUUGAAAGGCCGUGCAUCAGGCAUUGAGAUUAGGCCUCCUACAGUCUUUUACCAUUGGCUGAGGCUGAUGGGAGUUGGAAUCCAAAGCAUCAGGAGAGUCACUAUCUUGCUUGCUCUCGUUCUACCCAGAGUAGAAAAUAUUGAGCUAACUCAGCGUUUUUCAAAUUUGGCAACUAUAAGAUAU